CGCGGCCCACGACCCCCAGUCCGACUCUAUUAACAAAACUAACCCAGCCUAAACGGAAUCCAGCGUCGACCUGCCUCCGUUAACACGGUACAAGCGUCAGGGUAGCGGUUCUGCGACCCUGCUGAGGGCAAAGUAUCGUUCGCCCCCACCUUGCACUCGCCAACUCCCGUCUGCACACCCCAGAAGGUCCAGGCGCUUUCCGUGUGAAUAGGGCUGAAUGAAACGGAACUGCAGGUGUCCGUCGACUGAGCACCCAGCGCAGCGCAAAGAGGAAGGGCGGGCCAAGUGCACGGCGGCGAGACAGAUACGGAGGAAAUUUGUCCGCAAGCGGGAGAGUCACCGCGACCGAGGUUGCUACGAUACCAGCGCGUCGGAGAGGGACUUCUUGGAUCCCGCGCUCUUGUCUGAUUGAAACAGUUGAAAAUCGCCACGCCACGCCCCCUUUGUACGCAGCUCAGCUUCACUCAGCUUCUUGUUGGCUCAGCUUGUUCUUGUUGCUCUUUCACGGAUGAAUCUUACUUACAAUUUGUUCUUAGUUGUUGUUAAUGAAGAAGUCAGCAAUCUGAAUCAUGAUACAGCAACCCGCUCAUCAAAAUCACGAGCCGGCGCUGAGGCAGCAGGUUGACAGUCCUGCUCGUCUGUAUUUGGCCAAUCUUAUGCAGCUGAGGGAGGAAAAGAACUUGACCGACAAAUUCAUCAUGACUCUCCUUGACACCUGCGAAAAAAAGCAGGCGAAAUCGAAGUCAAAAAUAGACGAGGAAGAAAAAAAUUCUGCUAAGAGUCAAGUCUACAUGUUGCUACACUUGCUUCCAGUCUACAACCAUGACUUGGACAAAAAUGUAAGCGUCGACCUGAUGGACCUGACACUGUUCGCCGCUCGAGAUAAGCUUGAAGAUUCACUCAAAGACCUCAAGAUGAUGCAUCAGCUUCGACUUAAUGAACGAGAGAAACUAGAAGAACAGGAGUUGAUAUAUUGCACGAGUUUGGGCCGAGCUGUUGAGAAGAAACCAGCAGCCAAAGCUCUUUCAGACCCAGUCAUGAGACACUUCAGGGAAAGGGUUGGCAAACUCAAGCAGGAAAAGGACACACUACUUAUGGAAUUUCAAAAGACGAGAAGUGAAAUCAUAGAUUUUUUCUCAGAGUUGGAAGAGCAACCUUUUACUGAAUUCCAACUCAAAGUCACUGACCUGAACACGGACACUUUCCCAUUGGACCCUGAAACAUUAGCUAGUGUUUCCGUGCUGCACGCGGACCUUGAUGACCGCGUCAAGCAGAUCACUGAGGAAACUGAGCAACUCCGGAUGAAGUUAUUGCACUUGUGGGACAGACUUAACGUUGAUAUCGAUGAUCGAGCCAGUUUCUUGGAAAAUAACCCUGGCAUUAGAGAGACCACUAGAAGAGAAUUGCGCCGUGAAAUCAUUCGCUGCGAAGAACUCAAAAAGCAAAACAUGGAGAAAUUCACAUUGAGAAUGAGAGACGAGCUAAUCUGCUUGUGGGAUCAAUGCCACGUUUCUGAUGAGGAACGAGAAGCAUUUGCUCCGUUCAAGAGCUUGGAGUUUACUGGGGAACUGCUUGAACAGCAUGAAAUUGAGGUCCAGCGUUACAAAGCGUUUCUGGAGGAGAACAAAGAGGUGUUCGACCUUCUUCGGCGCAGAUCUAAGCUUUGGGAGCGAAUGCAGCAACUGGAAAUGGCUGCCACUGACUCAAACAGGUUGAUAAACCGAGGUGGCCAACUGCUGAAGGACGAGAAAGAGCAACAGAAAAUCAAAAAGGAGCUGCCCAAGGUUGAAGAGCGAGUCAUAUUGUUGGUACAUGCCAGGGAGGAGGCCCAUGGCGAGCCCUUUUUGCUGCGUGGCCGGCGCGCUUCUGUCGUGUUCAGCGAGCAAUGGGAGUCCAAAAAGCAACUGAAAGAGACUGAGAAACAGAGCAAGAAAGUGGCUCGGCAAAAGCAGUUGGAGCGUGAAGCAAUGAUGGAAACUACCACUGUGAGCUCUACAAUAAAGAGGAAGUUGGCUCCAAACCAUUCCCACAACCAGAAAGUGCCCCGCUCCACUCCUUGGAAGUAAACAACAUGCUCUUUAGUUUUUAGUAAACUCAUAGUUCCUCUCCUGCUUUUGAUAGUGUCGCAUCAGUCUGUGUAGGUUCAAAUUUUACCAUGAUUCAAUCUUAAUAAUAGUAUUUAAAGCUGAAGUUCAUUUUUUUAUCAUGGACCAAAUAUUUUAAUAAUUGAUUAUCUAAUAAAGAAUUGUAUGAUUAAUAUAUUUA